GCAGCAGAUAAAAGGCCAUGCUAAAGCUCCAGAUACAGUGACUAGGCACCGCGACCUGUUCUUGGAACUGAAAAGGGACCUUGUUGGGUAAUCCAAGGAGAUAAGCUCAUGCAUGCCGAAACUCCAAGUUAUUGUUGCUGCUGCUACUGCUGCCGCUCCCUGCAGUCUGAAAAUGCAAGUGCGGGAUAAUGUGUCCCAGUCACUUACGUUCAGUCUGGUGAUAUCCGAUGGGGCCAAUUGCCGUCACCGGUGGAAAGAAUUCAACAAACUGUUUUGUCAGCUUGGGAGUCCGGGACGCUCUGGAGCUUCCUCCGCUGUACGGAGUAUCAACCGGCGGAAAGACUCUAGAGGGGGAGGGGCAGGUCUUUCGGACCACAGUAGGCCGGCGGCAAAAUAACCGGGUGGGGAGCGGAAGUUUGAAAGAAUGUCAAACUGAUCAUGAAUGAUAAUGAUGACGAUGGAAUACGGAGGACGGACGGACACUCCCACUAGUCUAAUCAACGGAGUCCAUCUCUCGGAUCCUGGAGAAACC